AUGACCGACUUGCGCCAGAAGCUGGAGCAAUUGGGCCUGUUGCAGUACCUCGACGUCUUCGUCACCGAGGGCUUCGACACAUGGGAGACUGUCCUGGACAUCAGGGAGUCCGACCUCGAUUCGCUCAAUGUUAAGCUCGGUCACCGGCGGAAACUGCAACGUGCAAUUGCCGAGACCAGAGGCAUUCCCAUCGAAAGGCUUGAGCGGCCGGUCCCCCAUUUGCCCGGUGCUCCCAGUAUCGAUAGCUCCUACCGCAGUGAUGACUCGGCCUCGGAGACCAGGUCGCUCAGCCAUAACAGGCGUGCCGAGCCGCCUUCGGUCAACACAGGCGGGACCACGAAGCGCAAGUAUCGCCGGCAUCCAAAGCCAGACGAGAACGCGCCAGAACGGCCAGCAUCCGCAUAUGUGAUCUUCUCGAAUCAGACGAGAGAAUCGCUGAAAGGACAGGAGCUGAGCUUUACCGAAAUCGCCAAGCUUGUGGGUGAACGAUGGCAGACUCUCUCUCCCGGAGCACGGGAGGCCUGCGAACGCCAAGCUGCCGCGGCCAAGGAAAAGUACUAUGCAGAACUUUCCGAGUACAAGAAAACCCCUGAAUAUGCUCAGUACCAAGAGUAUCUUGCUGAGUUUAGAGCCAAACAUAACCAGCAGCAAUCUGGUCAGCUCUUACCACCCCGUAAAUCAUCCGUGGCUUUCCUACUGACCGCUCCGCGAGAAGGCAAGCGAGCAAAGGUUGAGCGGGAAAACAGCGAACAUCGAAGCGGCAGCCAUGAUAAUCUCGACAAAUCCCAUCGACGGGUGUCAGACGCUCACUUUAACCAACCUACUCUCGUCCACCAGCGAUCUGGCUCCAGCCCGCCCCAAGGUUCCUAUCGUACUGGCGGACACAUGCUAGCUUCAGAAUCGACGUCCCCUGCAGCAUACUCCUUUUCCGGCGUGAAUUCUCCCAGGAUUGCCGGGCAGUACUCUCCCCCAUCAGCAUCACCAACCUCGACCACUGCGUUCCGAGAGUCUGACUACUCUCGCCAAUCGGCCGCCCAGUCCAUAGAGUCACGAGAACGCCUCCAGGACUCUCCUUAUGCAGCACACCCUGGAUUCGGUGUCUCCAACGGCAACACCACCCCAUUGACGGCACCCUCCACUACCUCGCUCUACUCGACACAUGUUCCCAGUGACCGCGACCUCCCCUCUCGGCGGCUCCAUCGCGAGCCAUCUUCAAUACCAUCUUUGGUCCAUGAAGACACAAACACUACUAACCAGUCUUCCGACAGCGGUGGCUACGCUCCCAGUCACGGGAGCAACCCUCCCAGUGCACCCUACACAGGGUCGCUUCUUCCCCUCGCGGAUGCACAGAAAGCUCACCGACUAUUACCGCAACCAGUCCCCUCGACGCUGGCAGGUGGACCUUCACCAUUUGAUCAGCGACCGGGUCUCCCACCACAACCACCAACAAAAUUCCUAACACAGGCACCUCAACCUGACCUGCGCCAGACUUCAUCCCUUGCCGUGCUACUACGAGCAGGAGAAAUGGCGCGGGAACGGGACAACAACCCUUUUGGAGCAAACGAAAGCCCGCCGUAG